AUGAUUCCAUAUGCAGAAGAAAACAAUAACUUCAAAUAUCUUUUAACUGUAAUUGACUCUUUUAGUAAAAAUGCUUGGGUAGUUCCACUCAAAACAAAAACUGGAAAGGAAACUGCAAGUGCUUUACAAUCCAUUUUCAAAUCCAGGAAACCUCAAAAAAUGCAAACCGAUAAUGGAAAAGAAUAUUAUAAUCAGGAAAUGAAAGCUCUAUUCAAAAGUUUUGAUAUCAAACAUUUUUCAACAUACUCCGACAAGAAAGCUUCAAUCAUAGAAAGAUUCAAUAGAACUCUCAAAGAAAAGAUGUGGAAAAUGUUCACUCAUCAAGGUAAUCAUAAGUGGACUGAUAUUUUAGAUAAAUUAGUUCAAGGAUACAAUAAUCAUUAUCACCGUAGCAUAAAAAUGACUCCCAUUGAAGCAUCCAAAAAAGAAAAUGAAGAUCAAGUACAUGAGAACCUGUUCCCCUCCUCGAAAGAAAUGUUGAAAAGUUCAAGUUCAAAAUAG